GCCCGGCGUCGCCCCGCGCCGCGCUCGCUCCUCCCUCCCUCCUCCCGCUCCGUGGCUCCCGCGCUCCCGGCGAGGUUCAGGCGCCGAGCGAGCGGACGGGCGCACGGACAGACGGCCCCCGGGACGCCUCGGCCCGCGCCUCCCGGGCGGGCUAUGUGGAUAGCCCCGCCGGGGCCGGCCCGCGGGAUCAGCACAGUCCGGCCCGCGGCCCCGGCGGCCAGCGGGGACUAUGAACCGGAAAGCGCGGCGCUGCCUGGGCCACCUCUUUCUCAGCCUGGGCAUGGUCUACCUCCGGAUCGGUGGCUUCUCCUCGGUGGUAGCUCUGGGCGCGAGCAUCAUCUGUAACAAGAUCCCAGGCCUGGCUCCCAGACAGCGGGCGAUCUGCCAGAGCCGACCCGACGCCAUCAUCGUCAUAGGAGAAGGCUCACAAAUGGGCCUCGACGAGUGUCAGUUUCAGUUCCGCAAUGGCCGCUGGAACUGCUCAGCACUGGGGGAGCGCACCGUCUUCGGGAAGGAGCUCAAAGUGGGGAGCCGGGAGGCUGCCUUCACGUAUGCCAUCAUCGCUGCCGGCGUGGCCCACGCCAUCACAGCCGCCUGCACCCAAGGCAACCUGAGUGACUGUGGCUGCGACAAGGAGAAGCAAGGCCAGUACCAGCGGGACGAGGGCUGGAAGUGGGGUGGCUGCUCUGCCGACAUCCGCUACGGCAUCGGCUUCGCCAAGGUCUUUGUGGAUGCCCGGGAGAUCAAGCAGAAUGCCCGGACUCUCAUGAACUUACACAAUAACGAGGCAGGCCGAAAGAUCCUGGAGGAGAACAUGAAGCUGGAAUGUAAGUGCCACGGUGUGUCCGGCUCGUGCACCACCAAGACAUGCUGGACCACGCUGCCGCAGUUCCGGGAGCUGGGCUACGUGCUCAAGGACAAGUACAACGAGGCUGUCCACGUGGAGCCAGUGCGAGCCAGCCGCAACAAGCGGCCCACCUUCCUGAAGAUCAAGAAGCCGCUGUCGUACCGCAAGCCCAUGGACACAGACCUGGUGUACAUCGAGAAGUCGCCCAACUACUGCGAGGAGGACCCGGUGACGGGCAGCGUGGGCACGCAGGGCCGCGCCUGCAACAAGACCGCCCCGCAGGCCAGCGGCUGCGACCUCAUGUGCUGUGGCCGCGGCUACAACACCCACCAGUACGCCCGCGUGUGGCAGUGCAACUGCAAGUUCCACUGGUGCUGUUAUGUCAAGUGCAACACCUGCAGCGAGCGCACCGAGGUGUACACGUGCAAGUGAGCCCGCGACUCGGCGGCUGGGUGCUUCCAGCCGCAAGUCAGACUGCAGGGGGGACCGGACAGCUUCCGGCUGCAGUCAACCUGGCAGGUCUCGUCUGGGAUCUCCGCGGGGGAAUGCUGAGCUUGUCUUUUCUGCUGUGGGGACACCUCUCCUGGGUUUUCCGCAGGCGCCCGGUGGAAAGAUCUCCCCAGAGCCCUGGACUGUUCUCUUCCACACCCAGUGCUGCUCCGCCCCACCCCACACACCGCCUGGGGGGGCCUCCCCGGCUGGAGCAGAGCCCUUUGCACCAGGAGCUCUGGGCCCUGGGGCCUCAACAUAGCAAUAUUUAACAAUUUAUUCUGAUAAAAAAUAAUAUUAAUUUAUUAAAUUAAAAAAGAAUCCUCCCACCUCAUCGGGAUCCGUUUUCUGCAAUCAAAGUGGACUGCUUGCUUUCCUUGCGGGAUAAUUUUGUCGCUAGGACAAGGAGUCAAGUAGAACUGUACAUAAUUAUCCUUUAUGCAGAUAUUUCUACUAGUUGAUUUUGCAAGUACCCCCCCCCCCUUGCAGCACUAGAUGUUUAAGAGCAGACGUCCUUUAUACAUAUAUAGAUAUAUAUACACACGCGUUUAUAUUUUUUUGCUGUUUGCUGCUACUUAUCCAGAAAUUUAAGCUGGUCCAGAUUUGGAGUCGUCUCCCAGAUUAUGAUUCCCAUCCUGUAGUCCUCCCCAGCUCAAACUUACACCAGUAGAAGAAUCCAGUUUGGAAUACAGAGAGAGCGGAAAGAUAAUAAUAAAACUCCCAGCAGUUUCCAUCUUUUGGAAAGUGAGCCACUGGAUAAGAGAGAAUAUUUUGUAAGAGACUAUUUUUAUAUGAAUAUUUUAUUUAUAUCAAGUCUGCCUGUAUGAUUCCAUGGCCUGUGCUUCUUCUUAAUUCUGGUACUUGCUUUGGGCUAAGGAGGAGCGAGGCCUGGUUCCCAUAGGGACCCUCACAUAGCUGGGUUCUCGAGUUCUGUUGGCCAAGCGGGCAGAAGUGGCCCCUGGAUGCCUGGGUUGGGGUGUCAUUGGUAUUACCUGAGAAAAGAAUCAGAUCCCCAGCCUACGCCUUUUGAGCAAGGUCACCAUGAUGAGCCAUGUGGCGGGCAGGCCCAUGCCCUUGGCAUUGGGUGACCAUUAGAGGGCUUGAUGGUUCACCACACGGCAAAAAUCAGCUCAGGAAGCCCGCUCCUCACCAGGAUGCCCCUCCCAUUGCCGUGUGUCCUGACAGGCGAGGCACAGUCCUCAGUUAUGGAGCAGAAAAACGGAGUGAGGGGUCCCAUGAGCAGCAGAGCUCAGCAGGGCUUCCUGGAUGUCACGGUUCUAGAGCAGACCAGCAGAGAGUUGUGGAUGAGGCCUCUCUGCUCUGGGUCCACCUAUAUCCAGUGCCCUGCCGACCUGCAAAGCUCUCCUCCAAGAGGGCUGUGGGUGUUCUAAUAUGUGUCCGUUUGCAUUUCUGUGUGCCAGUGUGUGUGUUUGUGUGUGUGUGUGUGUGUGUGUGUGUGUGGACCUCCGGGUGUCUUGGGGUAGUCACGUGACUUUGCACCUUCAAGCACCUCUGGGGUGCUGACGUGCCUACAUUGUGUGUUCUCCUGCAUAUACCCAGCUAUGUGUGUGUCCUCUCUCCAUGUGCCUGAGAGAUUCAGGAGGGGUGGUGUGCAUGUGGGUGUGUGCCUGUGCAUCUGCUGGUCCCCAGGUGUCUCUGCUUGCGGGUGAGGUGUGGUGUGAGGCAGACUACAGGGACCUUUGGCGAUUGUGUUGAGCCACAAGAGAUGGCACCUCUGAAUUCUGUGCCCACAGACACUGGUGAAACUCAGAUACCUCUGAGACCACAGCCUGAUGGCCCCACGCACUGGGAGCCCCUCAGUGUCUAGGCUGUGUUGGGACUCCCCAAUGUCAGCACUGGGCCUGGAUCACAGCAUGGACAAAUAAAAUGGCUGGAUGGUUGGUUGA